CAUGAACACUAAAGUCGGAUAAUCGUUACUUGCUGUUUUUUCACUUAUAUGAGGAAAGGGAAACAGAAAAUAAAAAGAGAUAAAAACGUUAAGUAAAAUAAAAGUGACUGGGAUCCAAUUUGACCCGCGAGUUUUGGCCUAACCAAACAUUUCGCACCAACAAGAUCUUUCUCUUUAAUUAUUACCUUUUUGCACUUUUACAAAAGUAAUUUAAGCAGUAAAAGUGUAACAAAAAAAAGUUUCAAUAAUUAACAGUUACCACCCUUCCAACCUCUCCCAUGAUGAACACACAUGGUAUACAUCAUAUAAUUAUAAUUUUGUAUAUAGAAAUCUGCUUUAAAAUAAAUUUAUAUUAAUUUGUGCAAAAUAUAUCUAUGAUUGAUUAGAAGGAAAAGUUAUAUCUUUGUUUUUUUUUUUUUUCAGUUCGGUAUGGAAUAUGAUUUAUUUUUGUUUCAAUUUGCUUUGAAUUCGUUUACACAAUACAGUUUCCAGUCUGCUUUAAUCGUUUUGACCAAAUUUAUUGAGCACCCCAGUUUCCAACUAAUAUAGUGAGAACAGAUUGAAACUUCUUUGGAUGGUUAAUGACUCAACGCGUAUUCUUUAAGUUCUACGUGGAUUUUUCUUUCUUUACAAGCCGUGAUUUACGCCUUCGGAAAUCAAAGGAUGGUACCCGCCAAUUCAGCAAGAAACUAUGACAACUGGUUUCCGUAAUAUUCUGCUUAAGUAAUAUUCACAUCAUCACAUGUUGUUGAUGCGAUAGUGAAAGCAUCAGUUAGAAGCCAAUCAACUUGUUCUUUUGCUUCACUCAUAUUUGAAGUUACUCAGUUAUUCAUAAAUGAUAGAUCAAUAGUUAGUCGAUUACCAACUCAUUUUAUAUUCUUUAAAAAUUCAUAGUCAUUUAUAUGAAGUUAAUUAUAACUACGCAUAAGCUAAUUAAUCAAGUAUAUAUCGACAGUAAAUUUUUACUGAUAUAUACAAUUUUAGCAAAUGAUUUGAUUAAUGAAUAUUGUGUUUUUGAUGUAAUUUUCUUUUUACUUAGAAUAACAUCUAACUAAAUUCUAAUGAGUAAGAUUAAUUUUAUUGUUAAUCAAUCAUCUAAAUUUUGUGGAAUCUGACUUCUUACUUACUCUCUGGUUAACUCAGUAAUAAGAUUGGCAUUAUAAUUGAUAGGUUCAAAUCCCUUCAAUAUACAUUAUCCAAGUGUUGCAAGUUUUAUAUAAUUGAGUUAUGAUUUUUUUAAUCAUAUAUAGACUUUUGAUCAAAAUGCAUUAAUAUUAAAGCAUGCGAUGUCUGUUAAUCACACUCUUGAGCAGUUAGUGGAGGCUAGAGCUGUAAAUAAAGAGAUGGAGUUAACAACUAAUCACGUUAAAAAGGCAAAACGAAGAAUCAAAUUGUAUACACGACGUCGUAUCGUAUAGAUACAUGACGGCCGUCUUAACGUCUCUUUUGCGUGUCGUCUUCUUUUUUUUUGGCCUCUCCAUAUUCUAUAAAUUCCAAGCUCGUACACUCACUGUCUUUUAUAACUCUCACUCCGCUCUAAUUCUUUCGGACAACGACAAACACUCUGCUCUAAUGACGGUUCUUCCGACAUGGAUUUUAGCUAUGAUGUGUCUAUUCUUCUUCGUCGGAGCAAUGGAGAACAAAACACACGACAAGAUCUCAUCUCUCUCCAGAUCGGACGAAAUCGAAUGGAACAGACACGCAGUGACGAAUCCAGAUGAAGUAGCGGACGAAGUUCUCGCCUUGGUUGAAAUGAGUGCAAGAAACCAUACCGAGAGGAGGAAGCUAGGUUACUUUACUUGCGGAACAGGCAACCCCAUCGACGAUUGCUGGCGGUGCGAUCGCAACUGGCACAAGAACCGCAAACGCCUAGCGGACUGCGGCAUCGGUUUUGGAAGAAACGCUAUCGGUGGUCGCGACGGGCGUUUCUACGUAGUCACUGACCCAAGUGACCACGACGCUGUCAACCCUAGACCGGGGACAUUACGUCACGCCGUGAUCCAAGACCGACCGCUAUGGAUCGUUUUCAAACGUGACAUGGUCAUUCAGCUAAAACAAGAGCUCAUUGUCAACAGCUUCAAAACCAUCGACGGACGCGGAGCAAACGUUCACAUCGCUAACGGCGGUUGCAUAACGAUUCAGUUUGUGACGAACGUUAUAGUCCAUGGAUUGCAUAUUCAUGACUGUAGACCGACCGGUAACGCUAUGGUGCGAAGCUCGGAGACGCAUUUUGGGUGGAGGACGAUGGCGGAUGGUGACGCGAUUUCGAUCUUUGAGUCGAGUCAUGUUUGGAUUGAUCACAACUCGUUGUCUCAUUGUGCUGAUGGGCUAGUGGAUGCAGUCAUGGGCUCGACGGCCAUUACCAUCUCUAACAACCACAUGACUCAUCACAAUGAGGUUAUGCUGCUCGGACAUAGUGAUUCUUAUACGAAGGAUAGAGCUAUGCAAGUUACCAUUGCAUAUAACCAUUUUGGGGUCGGACUUAUUCAAAGAAUGCCAAGGUGUCGACACGGUUAUUUCCAUGUCGUGAACAAUGACUACACUCACUGGGAGAUGUACGCGAUUGGUGGAAGCGCAAACCCGACAAUCAACAGUCAAGGAAACCGCUACGCCGCUCCUAAAAAUCCUUUUGCUAAAGAGGUGACGAAGAGAGUGGACACACCAGCUAGUCAUUGGAAAGGAUGGAACUGGAGAUCGGAAGGAGAUUUGCUUCAGAACGGAGCUUACUUCACUUCUUCAGGAGCCGCUGCAUCUGGUAGCUACGCACGUGCCUCUAGCCUCGCCGCUAAAUCUUCUUCAUUGGUUGCAACCAUUACUUCUGAGGCCGGAGCUCUACCUUGUCGUAGAGGACGUCAAUGUUCCUCUUAGUUGUUUUUAACCUCCUCCCAACACCAUUACCCCCAAAAUUUAAAACCAUCUCUUAUUAUUUUCAGACAAAAGUGUACAUUCUCACACGUUUGUCAUUUGAAAGCCUUUUUUGUGUGUGUGUGUUUGUGUCGAAUUUUCUCAACCUCGUGUGUUGCUUGCUUCAACCGCAAGCUAGCACAAGGAAAGGGGAAGAAAACCAACCUUUCAUGUAAAAUAGAAACUCCCGAAGUAUGUUGGUUCUGUCUGAUCAACUCAGAUUGUUCUUCUUUUUGUCUAUGUCAUCUACGUAGGAAAACCAAGAAUUUUAUGUCUUGUUUUUAAUUUAUUUUGUGUAUUUUUCGGGUUUAUAAUUUAAUAUAGGGUCUAAAUGAUAUGUGAAUCUUUCUACU